UCUUGUUUCUAAAUGACGAGUUAGGAGUGAUGCUGCAAACUUCUGCGUUUAUUUACAGUAGCCUUAAAGUUCAUUUUCUACGACAGUUUUCGCUUAGCAGUCAGCACAGUAUGGGAAGUUUAAAAAACGAAAACCGGUCGAUUCAUUCUGACAACCUUAAAGAAGUUCAUAACAUCCCAAUGGACGUGAUUAUUCGACCCAUUCCUCCUGUUUUAGAUGAAGAGAAAGUUCAAAGCCUCAUGAACACUAUAAAGGAGACCUCAGACAUCAGAGUUGUCCCUCCAAUAGAUGUGUUGUGGAUCACAGGAGAAAGAGGAGGAAAUUAUUACUACUCUUUUGGUGGCUGUCAUAGAUUUGCUGCUUACCAGAGACUACAGAUGAAAUUCAUCCCAGCCAAGAUAAUCAAAUCCAACACAUCUGACCUGCGCACCUAUUUGGGAGCUUCAACGCCUAAUCUACAGUGACUACAGUUAUAAUGGAUAGUUGUUGGCUGAAUCCAUAUCUACAGGAAGUUGACACAUGCAAAUAGCUGUAAGAAUGAAGGAACAAGGUUUAACAAGGCUACAUCCACCUGAACAUGUAAUUUAUUUCAAAAUCAUUUCUGUAUUCUGUAUUUCUUUACCCCUUUCCAUGAAUACAUUGUAAGACAGAAUUUUACUGAAAGAAUUGUGGUCUGAUCAAAACUUAUUUUUUUAAAACCUUUGACAAAGCCAUUUCAAAUGCAGUUUCAUGUUUAUGUGAGUUUGAGAAUAUGCAAGUCAUGAAAGUCCUAUCAAAUCUCUACAUUUCCAACUGCAACUCUGGUUAUUUAUGCUUUCCAAAUUGUUUUGUGCUAUACUUGAGCUGUCAGGAGGGAUUCAUCUACUGAUAAACCUAACUUUGAAU